ACUGCCGUAUCGCUGGUGUCCGACCAGCCCGAACCUCCGCCCCUAAUCAUGCCAUUGACACAAGUUUGGAGUGUAACUCGGUGGAAUUCCUGCUCCGGUUAGGCGCUCACACCGUGUCUAUGUGUCCGGACGGAUAAGUCACGGUGUGUUUAAUGUCGAACCGGUGAGCAUUGGCCCUUGUGCGGACCUCGGCGCGCUUGUCCCGGAGUGUUUCUCGCCGGAGCAACGAAGCCGAAGGGGAGAAGAAGGAAGAUAUUUUUAUCCGGGAGAGAGUGUGAGAGGCUAAGCUGGCAUGUAACUAGACAAGCAAGGGGACGCUGGCUUGCCGAGUGCGGCGAAAAGGUCUGGGGUUCGAGUCCUCCUUGGGGUACCUUGCGGCAGACUGGCCUCCUGUCUGAGGUUUGAUCACAUCUGAGGUGGGGGAGCCAUGAGUGAGGAGGACGGGAACUUCUACAGUGUCCAGGUGGGAGACUCCACCUUCACGGUGCUGAAGCGGUACCAGCAGCUCAGGGCCAUCGGGUCGGGGGCGCAGGGCAUUGUCUGCUCUGCUCUGGAUGCUGUUCUUGGGAUUCCCGUGGCAGUGAAGAAGUUGAGCCGACCUUUCCAAAACCAGACCCAUGCCAAGAGGGCCUACAGGGAACUAGUGCUGCUCAAGUGUGUCAACCACAAAAAUAUUAUCAGGUUGCUCAAUGUCUUCACGCCACAGAAGUCGUUGGAGGAGUUCCAGGAUUUGUAUCUGGUGAUGGAGCUGAUGGAUGCCAGCCUGUGCCAGGUGAUCCACAUGGACCUGGACCACGAGAGGAUGUCCUACCUGCUGUACCAGAUCCUGUGCGGCAUCCGACACUUGCACUCUGCGGGCAUCAUCCACAGGGACCUCAAGCCCAGUAACAUUGUGGUGAAGUCAGACUGCACUUUGAAGAUCUUGGACUUUGGUCUGGCCAGAACAGCCUGCACAAACUUCAUGAUGACCCCUUAUGUGGUGACCAGAUACUACAGGGCACCAGAGGUCAUCCUUGGAAUGAAGUACAAAGAAAAUGUGGACAUCUGGUCUGUGGGGUGCAUCAUGGGAGAAAUGGUGAAAGGCAGCGUCAUUUUCCAGGGGACAGAUCAUAUCGACCAGUGGAAUAAGGUCAUUGAGAUUCUUGGCACGCCCUCCCUGGAGUUCAUGAGCCGCUUGAUGGAGACAGUGAGGAACUAUGUGAUGAACAAGCCUCAGUACCCAGGAGUGAGCUUCACAGAACUCUUCCCUGACUGGGCUUUCCCCUCAGACUCUGAGCAUGACAAGCUGAAGACUAACCAAGCUCGAGACCUGUUGUCCAAGAUGCUGGUGAUUGACCCAGAGAGGCGAAUUUCUGUGCAGGAAGCCUUGAAUCACCCUUACAUCCAUGUGUGGUAUGACCCGGCGGAGGCAGAUGCGCCUCCACCACAGAUUCCGGACAAACAGCUGGAGGAACGAGAACACAGUAUUGAACAGUGGAAAGAAUUAAUCUAUAAAGAGGUGAUGGACUGGCAAGAGAGGAGCAAGAAUGGAGUAGUUAAGGAUGAAGCAGACUCGGCAGUGAACAGCAGUGCCACAGCCUCCCAGUCCUCUUCGAUCAACGACAUCUCAUCCAUGUCCACGGAGCAGACCCUGGCCUCAGACACGGAUAGCGGCAGCGUCGAUGUCCUCCCGGGGGUGCUGGAGGAGUGCCAAUGAAUGCAGAGGGAAAUAGCAAAAACGCACCCCCCAAACCUCGCUCUUCCUUUGCCCUCGGCCCCAUCUGUUUGCACUCCCCUGCUCCCCUUCACAAGCUGAACACCACAUAGCAUGCUUUAUGCUUUUAUCUGAGGAUGGGGGAAUCACGUCAAAGUCAGAUUCCUGUGCGCACACUUUUAUUUUCUCUUGUGUGACACAGGGCUUUAGAGCAAACUGACUGGACUGUAGCAACGUGAAAGUGAAUUGAAUUUGGUACAAAAAAAGAAAAAAUGUAGACAGCUUCAUAUUUUAAUAAGCAUAUUUUAUAUAAUUUUAACUUGAAGGUGGCAGAAUUGUCUCAUUGUUCCCACCACGAUAGAGGGUUUCUGCGAAUCCCCUUUUACAGUGCAGGUUUUACAUGGAGGUUCUCGCUCUGCACUGUAUGAGACGGAUCGGUUUGCUGCUUUUAUACUUAAGACCCUUUCAUGUCGGAUGUCACUAAUGCUGGGAAUUUACUGUGUGAUUUUCUAAAUCAUAAUUCUGCAAGACCUGUCAUACAUUGUCGUUUUUGCUCACGCCAGUGUGUCAUAGGUUUGAAUCUGGGGAUGGGAACCGUCAGCUGUCAUGGUCUGUUUUGCGGGGCAGUUGCAGCAGAGACGUAACUACAAGUUGUGCCUAAAAUGUGCUGGAUUAUGCACUAGAUUAUUCAAAUGUGCUACAUUUUAUGCACUAAAAAGCAUAAAAAGACUUAAAACUUGGCAUUUGUAUGUAUUACUGAUCAGUAAACCUGGGUGACAUGGUCUGUCAGAGCUUUGGAGGGCAUAGAAAGGAAGAAGUCGGUAAACGUCAGCAUUAAUGGUGAGUCUCAAUACCACACUUUCUGUGUGUUUCACAUUUCCGUGUGUAAUUGUACGUAGCUAGUUUUAUUGCGUGGGUGAGACUGAAAGUUUUCUAUUGACCAAAGUUUGAACGUUCUGAGCACAUCACUGUUUUUGUGCCGAUCGAUACAGAUCAGAGGGAAACGCUUCAUGUCACCCAUCAUGCUGUUGGGUCUGAAUGGAGAUCAUGAUGCUGUGUGGGAGAUGAACACGGGCAGUUGUCAGCAUUUGUGUGAUCUUUGCUGCUGCAAGUAUACCACAUUUGGAAAAAUAGCAUUAGGUUCACACAUCUCAAUCAUAAUACAAAAAAAAAAAACAAAUCGCACAAUAUAUUCACCCAGCUUUAGUAUCAGGUAGUUAAAUAUUAUCUGUGCGUUUUAAUAAUCAUACUUGGCCCAAACAGUUGUGUAGUAUUUCGUCUGUUGUUUGUUAAUGAAGCCAAAGUAAGAAAGCAAAUAUAUAGGGAUAUUCUGGUGGUGUGUUCAGCAGAGAAUUUUUCUUAUUUUUUUAAAAUUUGCAUUGUUUGGUCGUUAUCAGUUUCAGUACUGUAUCAUACCUCAGUAAUAAUUGUACAGUAACUAAUGCCUGAUCUACAUGAGUAUCUGGGAUGUGAUCUGAUGGAAUGCAAAGGCCAAACAUUAAAUGUAAGCCUCCUGUAAGCAUUGGUGGGGGAAAAAAAUGGUCUUUUGCAUGUUUUUGAUAGCAAAAUAGAAUGUGUCCUUUGUAAGAAAACUAAAGGUAUCAAACAGUGGCAAUUUUUUUUCUCUCUCCCUUCUCUCUCCUGGAAAACCUUAAUACUCCCUGUGCAUCAUAGAUGUGACUCUUAUAUAUGUUUAUGUUAGUGCUGUUCCACCUUGCACUAUGACUAGUGGGUCCUCCAGCCUGGGUGGGUUAUUUAUCUGUACAGUGUAAUGUAUGGAGUAUGGAAAAUGGAACUCCUGUUAGACUUCUAAAAGUGUAAUGCAACCUUAAGCAAAUGCAAUGUGCAUUACUUGCAAAUUAAAUAGUACUGCUAAUAAUUAUUUAUAUAUCAAAAUCCCAAAGGAUUCAACCAAAAAGAGAAAAUUAGACUGUUACUUGUACUAAUAAUGUUGACGAUGACUAACAGUUUCCUCCAGUUCUAGUCUUCACGCAAUGAGCUUGAUUAUAAAUUUAUUUUGUCUGUGAUGGACAAUUGUGUAAUUGGACAGUUUUGCACAGUUAAAUACAUAUUCCAAUUUCCCUCAGACAUAGUAUUGGAAAAAGUAUUUUCUAUGUAGGAUGAAACGGAUCAAAGGUACGCUACAAAGCACAUAUAUUGUAUUCUGAUGCAAAUUGAAUUAUUUAGAGGUGAGGUUUUGUGUGUUUAAACGGAGUUGCCUUUCAGCAUCAAAAAGUACUGACUGAGCACGUAUUAAGAUGUGUUCAUGGGCCUGAGAAAAGUAUUAUGCUAUUGGAUACAGUGUGUCUUGUAGAUAAGUUUCUUGUUUCACCUAUUCCUAUGUAGGUCGAAUAUAGGUGACUAUAGGUGAAUACGGUCAGUUUAAAAGGUUGUCCUGAAUACAUUUAAAUACUAGAUUAAUGCCGUUUAUAGCUCUUUGAGAAUGGUCAUCUAAAGAUCCAACUGCUAGCUAGAAUAUAAACUCAACUGUAUCCAACUGCAUGGGUUGUCUGUGUGAAUUUAGAGUCUCACGGGGUGACACUUGUGGCCUUCUCUUUGUCCCUCUUAGAGAGCCUUCCAUGUAUCGGCAGUCACAGGACAAUUUUCAAACAGUUUGGUUACAGUUUACACUAAGUAACAAAAAGAGUCCUGUCCGUCUUUACAGGUCAGGGACACACAGACAUACCCAUCUCAUUCUGACCAACCUACACGUCAAACCCAAAAACGUGAUGUUCAGAUCCAAACUUCCUCGGUUCUUCUACUUUGGGUGUCAACUCAUCGGUUUGAUUUUUCUCAGUCUUGCCCCUCCUGUCCUCAGACAGGGCACAUAAGCAAAGGCAGGAUAAAGCUUUGCAGGGAAUUGUGGGUGUUGGAUUGGAGAUGCUGGCCUGUGUGGUGCAGAAGGAGAUGGCUGCGGAGACGAUGCCUUGUGUUGGCUACAAGGAUUGACAUCUUUGCAUUAGAACAUUUUGAUCCUUUUCUUUAUUAUGAAAUAAUGUGUAAAUAGAGAUUUUUAUUUUUCAAAUAUUCAUUGUCCUUUUCAGUUUUUGUACUGUUGAUUUCUGAUAUCAUCUGUCUUGGGUUUUUUUUUUUGUUGUUUUUAUUUUGUGGCAUCAUGAAAGUCUUUAUAACUGGAGAUGCUUGCAGUCAUACAGAGCGCUGUCUGGAUUCCACACUCCAAGGUGUAAAUUCCCCAAAGUCGAAUUUACAGAAACACUGAGGGACAGAAAUGUGCUCCAAGACACAUGACUACAUGGAUGUCUUGUCCUCUGCCGUUUGAUGAGCAGCGAGAUGUGUGGAGUGACAGGUAAUGGGUGGAGCUUUUUUAUUCUCAUCUUCAUCCAUCUUGCUUUAGUCCAUUCUGUAGAAGUCCUCUAUGCUGCGGCAUAGGGCUUCAAAUAAGUGAAGUUGCGUAGCCAUACAUGUUGCUUAAAGAAAAUACUUUUUUUUUUCCUUUUAUUAUUAAAUCUCUGGACUUCAUGGCACCAUGUUGCCUUCAUACAUUUCCCCUCGAAUGGGAUUCAUCACAAUGUAACGAACACUUGAACAAAAAAUUAACUCUAAAAUUGUUUUACGAUUGUACUGAAAGGUGUGUCCGUCUCUACAUGUUUUGGUCCAUCUGUUACCUUUCCGUUGCUCAUUCCCCAACUGACCCCAGUGGAUUCUACUACCGCGUACUGUAGCUGCAAAAGUGUAACUGACUACCGUUGGCCCAUAAUUGUCUUUCUCUUGAAAUGCUUGAUCAUGUUUUGUUUACCUGUCUUACUUGUAAUUUCUGGUUUGUUUAAUCUUAUAUUACACUUUGUUUCUGGCUGUAUUGACUCUUUUCCAUUGUCCAAAAGUUGCAAAAAACGCUCCAAAGGAAAUGGGCCCUUUUGAACCCUGGAUCCACAGCAGUUCCUCACUUCCUCAAGGACUCUUCUCCCGCCCCCCCCUAUCCUGCUGGCUUGUAGUACAGGAUGAACAAAGUAUGUGCUGUCUGUGGGAACCAAACGGUUUCUGGCUGCUGAGGGAAUCAUUCAUUGCCCUGUCAUCCUUGGGUCAUAGAUCGGACAAGGGUCACCCUAAAGCGAUCGUGGGUUUGAAGUGAUGAAAUUCAGAGGACAGCCUCUGGUGAGCUGAGGUUAAAAGUGGUUAUAUGUCCAUCGUUGUAGGUUGCGUCCCUGUUGCUCGUGUGUGUGUUUCUUUGUGUGCUGUGCCGCCGUCUCGGCUUCAGCCUGCUGGACGGUUCAGGGAUGUGACACCUGUUUUUUGCCCCUCCUAGCGGCCUCCCUGGCUUGCAGAAUUGUUAUGCAAGAACAAAAAGUGAUAAUCAUUUAGAGGCA